UGAUUUCGAUUUGGUAAAACAAAAAGUAAAUGAAAUUGAAAUUUAUAUUUCUCAUUUGGUAAGAGUUUUAUUACUUCCACAAGUCAAUGUAUAACUUACCAGGAAUGGAACUUUGACUAAAAGAAAUUAAAUGAGUUAACAUAAACUAGAAGACUCUCCUAUCUAUUUAUAACCCAUCAAAAGAUCACUAAUAAAUCUAUCAGAAAUUUGGGAGGAAACAGACGAUAACAAUGUCAAGCCUCAGGAGUACUAGCUCUGUGGUUGCACUUCUCUUCGUUCUCGGUCUUGCUUCUAAAGGGUUGUGGGCAUGCGAUUUGAACGAUAUGUUGAUUGGGACGGUGAGGAGUGGGAGAGAGUUCAAAGGACAGACUGAAUGGAACGUUACGUUCACCAAUAGAUGUAAAUGUCCUAUUAAGACGAUUGUGCUCUCGUGCCAAGGCUUUCAGAGUGCAGAACCAGUUAGUCCGUCGGUACUCAAAGUGAACGGAGACCAGUGUUUGCUCUACGAUGGCCUGCAGCUCAAAGCUGGAGGAUCGCUGUCUUUCUCUUAUGCUUGGGAUUCUCCUUUCAAUCUUACUCCCAAAUACAUUCUCCCCAUGGGUUGUUAAUUAGUUCCCAAAAUUCCCAAACUCAUCACAAGGCAAUAAGAUUAUUCUGUUUUGGCUGACUACCUUACGAUCUUCAACAAAAUUGGAAAAUUGCUCCUAGCUAGUUUGUUGUUUGCAUUUCCCCUAUGUAUGCAAAACACAAAAGCAUUUUAUAGGUGGCCUUAAUCAGUUUAGGUUAAGGGCAUUAAAUGUUACUACUAUCCUUCCCACAUUCCGGUAGCGCUACCAGAUGGAGUGGUAUACAACUGGAGGGGUUGUAAAAAUGACAACUCACUUAAGAAUUGUGACGGGAUCUCAACUCCUAUAGUGUCAGAAAGAACCACCUGGGAGCCAAAAAGGAAAUACGGUUAAGUGAUUAGAUAAUUUAUGAUUUUGGAUGUCGAAGCUUUGAAUUUUUUAUUUAUUACCAAUAGCUCACUUCUAUUACCAAGAAGAAAAGAUAACAAGAGUUUACACCAUAUGAACAGACUAAAAUCGAAAAUCAAAAGUCUCAACACUCGCCGAGUCGAGUUUUGCUUAGUUUGAGCUCGGCUCGUUUAUAAAUAUUUCAGCUCGAACUCGAAUUUGAUAAUCCAGCUCGAACUCGACUCGAUUAAAAAUGAUUCAGCUCGAGCUCGACUUGGUAGAGCUCGAUAAAUGCUCAUUAACACAACUUGUCAAGCCAAGUACUAGCUCGGCUCAAGAUCAGCUCGAUUUGAAAUCAUUCUUGCUGAAAAAUGUGUACACAUAAAAAUUUAAAUGAUAUAAAGAACACUAGAAACUAAAAAUAAUGGCUAACUUUCAUACAUAUACGGAUUAACAAGAUAAUGUUCAUGUUCAGAAGAAUAAUUAAUCAUUCUACAAGCUCUAAACAAGCCAGCUCGCGAGCUUAGCCAACAAGCCACUGAGUCAAGCUAGCUCACGAGCUAAUCAAGCUCAUCAUGGUCUAGUUCAAGUUUGGCUCGUUUACUAACGAGUCAAGUGUCGAACGAGUUUUUUCCGAUUCGAACGUCAAGUUGCUCGCGAGCGGUUUGGCUCAUUUGCAGCCCUAGUAACAGGUAACAAAGAAAAGGUCAAACUCAAAACCUUGAAUUUUACAGAAAUCCACUUGAAUAUUAUUGUUUUGGGUAAAUUUAAAUUAGCAUAGACUUUUUUUAUAUAGGACAAAUACUUUUGGGUAAAUUUAAAUUAGCAUAGACUUUUUUUUUAUAGGACAAAUACAAGCGUUUAUCACUUAAUUUUUCUCCUAUUUUAGAUCCCGAAUCUAAUGAAAGUUACAACUCAUUCUUAUAAUUUAUACAAUUAAACUUUAGUUGAAUUC